AAAGUAAACAAACGACUUUUAAACGCCCGCAGCUACCGAGAGCUUUUUAAAAAAAACAUUUCCUAUUUAUAUAUCUCUGACGUGCUAUUGCGUCCUUGAACUGAUUCCCGAAUACCAAGUUUGGUUCACCCUUCUUUUGACCGUAGAGCGUAAAAACGUAGUAACCCUCCCUCCAGCCUUUGUUUGUAUCCCACCAAAAAUGUUGUGAUAUCUACAUAACGGACGAGGCGUUCAUAUCAGAUUCUUCUUGCAUCAACUUAAGAACCAUGACGGAAAAGGCACUCGUUAGCAAAAUAGUGAAGUGCAGUAUACAAUAUGAUGACCAUAUUCCUGAAGUCUCCCUAAGCCAAUAUCUCUUACAUGAGAUGAGCAAAUGGAAAAAUUGUGUUGCCAUAGUUAGUGUCAGCACCAAGGAGGAGUUCACUUAUGGAGAUUUAAUCCAUGAUGUUAAUUGUCUGGCUGCGGGUCUCCAAGCUUCAGGACUUGUCAAGCGUGGUCAGUGUGUUGCCAUGGCACUACCUAAUUCAAUUGAAUUUGUAGUUACACUGCUAGCUGUAAGCCAAGUUGGGGCAUUCAUUUCACUGAUUAACCCUGCCUAUACUCCCCGAGAGCUCAAGCAUGUUUCUAGCAUAAACAAUGCUGGUUUGUGGAUUUGCACACCGGAAUUCGUUCCAUUACUAUCCCAACUUGACAAAACAGAUUACAAAACUCUCCUCGUCGAUAGUUCAAAUAAAGAACGUUCGCAGUGGCAUUCAAUUCUCAAGUCUGGUGAGUCCAGGGCGUUCCAAUCAGUCUCCGUUAAUGUCUUUGAAGACCUUGCCACUAUGCCAUUUUCCAGCGGGACGACGGGCUUGCCUAAGGGAGUCAUGCUCACCCAUCACAACCUCGUGACUGCAUUGUGUAACUUCAAGGCGUGGUGUCCGUACACCCAGAAAGAUAUCAAUCUGGGUUUGUUGCCAAUGUUUCAUCAAUACGGUUGCCUCAUGGUCCUCACCACUCUUGCGGUUGGAGCCAAAGCCGUCAUUCUUCGCAAAUUUAGCUUCCCCGACAUGCUACAUGCCAUUCAAGAUUACAAGGUAACCAUGAUACCUUUAGUGCCUCCCGUAGCUCUGCUCUUGUCCAAGCAUCCCUCCGCGGACAAAUUUGAUCUUUCUUCCGUGAGAGGAAUCGUUAGCUCAGCGGCACCUUUAAGCCUUGACAUAAUCAACACGAUCAUUAGCAAGUAUAAAUGGGAAGUCUUGCAAGGCUAUGGUAUGACCGAAUGUACUCUUGCUUCCCACUUCACGCCCCCCGGACAGCGAAAGUAUGGAAGUGUCGGCCAGAUCAUGCCUUUUUUCGAAGGGAAGAUUGCUGAUCCAAAUACCGGAGUGGAUUUGGGCGUCAAGGAAGUGGGUGAAAUUUGCGUUCGAGGUUUCAUGGUGAUGAAGGGCUACCGCGGUAAUCCGGGUGCCACCGCCGCCAUGAUCGACUCCAACAAUUGGCUUCACACUGGCGACAUUGGUUACUACGAUGAAGAAGGUUUCUUCUAUGUCGUGGAUCGGCUCAAAGAACUCAUCAAAUACAAAGGCAUGCAAAUCGCCCCCUCAGAACUGGAACAUUUGUUGCUAACACAUGAAGAGGUGGCGGACGCCGCUGUCAUCGGCAUUCCAGAUGAGUUCGCCGGUGAGCUACCGAGAGCCUACGUCGUCAAACGACCCGGUUCAACCGUAUCCGAAUCGGACAUUAUUCGUUUCGUAGAAGAACAAGUUGCUCCGUUCAAAAGACUCCGAGGAGGCGUCAUCUUUAUCGACGCCAUCCCCAAACUUUUGAGUGGAAAGAUUUUGCGCCGAGAACUCAGGGCUCUCUCAUCCAAAUUGUAACAACACACAACAUAUUACAGACUUUAAACUAAAAAUCUCGGUGUUUGCGAUUGUUGGUUAUCUAAUGAUAACUUAAUGGUACGCGUUUUAUCAGGUCAUGUCUUUACUAUUUAGAUGUUUUAUUUUCUCUUAUUGAUAUUGAAUAGUUUAAGCAAAUAAAUGAAGGUUAAACUUC